AUGGCGCAUGGGGUCCGCUUGUUGUACGUCAGUGCAGCCUCGCCAUCAGCUCCCCAGAGUCAGACAGCCAGCCGGGUACCACCCCCGGCGUCUGGAAGCCAGGCGACACAGAUCACAGGUGCUACAGCUGGGCUGACCGCCUCCGCGACAGAGCAAAGCAAGGGUGGCGGUCCAAUCCGUGCCGCUGGAAGUCUGAGUGACAGCGUCGUCAGCAGUAACAGCAAUGACGAACCUGGAUCCAGUCGCGCUCGUCCAGAUUCAGGCGACCCUUCUCCUUCGGGGAGAACAGUAGAAGCACGACAAGCCGCACAGCAUCCCGUAAAAACAUCCCCUAAUGAUCCUUCCGGCUCAAACCCCACCAUAGAAACCCCCGACGCCGAGCAUUUGAAUCAGAAUGGCCCGUCAGCCGCGGAGAUUGCUGCUAUCAAGCGAAGGUGCGCAACCUCGCUACUGGCCGUGAUCCCGCGCAGCGUUGCACGAACUCUCUUCGGCGUUCAUGUUUCCCCAGGAUCUCAAAGUGCUCGUACCUGCGGCGACGGCGACACCGACACUAACACGGACAAUCAAAGCAAGAAGAAAACCUCAGAGAUUCUCUCUCCGACGCAGACGGACAAAGAUGACUCUGAAGAAGUGCAACUGUUGAAAGCUAUCGAGGAAGAUUGGUUGGAUAUCUUGUCCGACGAAUAUUGUAACAAACACCUGGUCUAUUCGAUUGUCGAGACAGUGCUUGCUAGACUUCUGCCCGAACUUACUGAGCGAAGUGUGGGAGAGAUUAUGGAGGAUCGGGGUAUUGCUUAUGUUCCUGGAAGUUCUGAUGCUUGA